AUGGCCGCACCAGGCCCAGACCGUGGCGGUUCCGUGGCGGUUCCGGGCGUCGACCAGCACCGGCCGAACCAGGCUGUCGGAUACGGGCAUGGCAUCGGGUAUGGGCACGGGCUCCCGCCACAGGUUGCGUAUCCUCCUCCACAACUCGGAUAUCCGUCGUCUCAUCUGGGGUAUCCGCCCCAUGGUGGCGGCUAUCCGCCCCACGGCCCGCCCUUCCCCGCAGCUUCGGCGCCGUAUCCGUACCCGGCCUACCCGCUCCCGCCGGGUCCCGCCCCGGCCCACAUGCUCGGCACAGCCGCUCUCGCACAGCCGUCCUCCGGCUAUUCGAAUCCGCAUCCCGCAGCGUAUCCAAGUCCCCAUCCGCACCAGUCUCAGGGUGGUAGCUACGCUCAGCCCGGUGCAGGCCAGUGGUGGGGUCCCGAUCCAGCGGCCGCGCCGCACGUUGCUCGCAACAGAUCGUUCAAUGGUGGCAGCACCUCGACAGGACCGGCCCUGACCCGAUCGCUUAAGGGCAACACCCACCGCCGAGCCGGAGAGAACGCGGGGCGAUCACGCAAGAAUGGGCGUGGGGGAGGCCGGCAGGCGCCGGCACGGAGAAGAACAACCGGCAAGACGCUCUCGCCCCACACCCGCAAGCUUGUCUCCUCCAAGCCGCUGCCAUCCUUUCAAACGCGGCUGCAGCAGUCCCAAGAGCGGAAGGAGGCCAAACUGCGGGCACUGGCCCGUGAGGCUGAGCGCAAGGAGCUCGAGGAGCUGCGGGUCCGCCCUCGGCCGUCGCGAACGUCGGCCAAGCUCGCCCGGUUUACCAAGCCACUCAAUGAGCGCAUGGAUGAGUGGGCCCGCAACCGAGACGCCAGCAUCACUCGCAAGCGUAACGAGCAGCGAUACAAUGAGCGUCGCUCGCUGCCGUUCCGUCCGCAGAUCGGCCGCAAGUCGACGGGCAUUGUCGCCCGCCGAGGCGCGGGCCCGGUUCUCCGUCGCAUGGAGCAGCACGCCAAGGACGUCAAUUCAAGGACCGAGCGCCGCCGCCAGGAGCUUAUUCGCCAGCGCGAGGAAGACAUCCGCAAGAACUGCACUUUCAAGCCCACCCUCGAUGGCGCUGUCCUCCUCGGAUACAAGAAGCCGACGCGGGCCGAUGCCUCGGCAGCGCUAGGCUCCCCGCAAUCAGCCACGCUUGGAUCAGAUCACGGCUCCCUGCGCAAUGGCUCGGCCUCUCGCGCCUCGCACUCAGCUCGCUCGUCCCGGUCUUGGUUAGAUGCCGAGGUGGACGAGGCGGAAGACCCGUUCCUAGUUGGGGACGACGGAGAAGAGCUCAUCCUGCAGGAGGGCGACAUCUACCAAGGCGAGGACGGCCUUUUCUACGACCACAACGGCAACCAGGUCGAGCUCGACGAAGAAGACUUGAUCUUUGAAGACGAGUACGAGGAGUUGGAGUGAGUUGCCAUCAUUAAACGAAUCCUUUGCUUUACA